AACUUUUCAAGAUCCAAGUAACCUUUCGGAAAGGUUUAUACAAUUUAUUGACAAGUGUCUAGAUGAAUACAAUACGAUUGGUAGUUAUUAUUAUGCGCCAUAUACAACCUUAAUUCAAGCCAGUGGUGUAGGAAAAUCCAAAUUAUUGAUAAAUGUUGCUGAAGAGAUAAUGUCAGUAUAUUGCUGUUUGCGGAAAUCCGAAUCAAGUGGCUAUCCACCCAGAUCGGAUAUUGCCAAAAUGUUAAUAAAAGAGUUUAAUAAUGAACAAGAUGCCAAAACCACCUACCUUGCGUACAUAUGCGCAUGCUUUCAAAAGAUGCAAGAUUUCAGUGGAGAUUGUAAGAAAUGGUUGGAUGAGCAUACCAAUAAAAAUUUGCAAGGGAAUUUUUGGAGAGAUGUUGAAAACAGAAUGAAAAAUAUAAAGGACCAUUUAAUGACAUGUUCUACGGAUAGUGAGACAACUGACUUGGUCGAGAAAUAUUUGGUUAAAAAAAACACAGUAAUAAAACGAGAAGGUCCAGUUAAAUACCUGUUUGCAUUCGAUGAAGCUAGUACACUGGUUGGUAAUAAGGAUGGAAGUAAAAACGUUGGAAAAAUUUCACCGUUCUAUUAUAUUCGACGUGCUUUAAUUCUCUUACCCAAAGGAGCAGGAAUUUUUGCAGUCUUUACGGACACACAUUCAAAUAUUUCGAACUUUUCGCCUGCUUAUUACCUCGAUCCAUCUAAAAGAGUUGCAGAAGAAAAAUUUAAAUUAUUUGCACCAUUUUAUUUGUUAGACACUACGGACAUGAAUGUUAAUCUUAGGGAGGUAAAGACAUUAAAGGAGUCAGAAGAUCCACGACAUUUCUUUCAGUAUGGAAGACCUUUGUGGGGUGCACUAUUAAUGCCUUCUAGUGAUGCUAAAGGAAUGGAAUCAGAACGUAUUAUCGAAUUGGCCAUGGAUAAGCUUAUUGGCGGAAAAUAUUUUGGUGUUUGGAGGGAAGAAGUACAAAUUAAAAUAUUGGAUACUUUGGCUAUUCUAGGACCCCGUUUAUGUAUCGAAAUAGCGCCACAAUCUGGAUAUGCGCCUGAUUUAAUAGCAAACAAUAUGCGCCUUUGUAUUAGUGUCUUAGAGGAUCGUAAAUACGUUGUUACAUCGAUGCCUACUGAACCUGUGCUAGCAGAGGCUAGCGCUCGAAUAAUGAACGAUCCGCAUAUCAGCCUCACAGAACUUAUUAAUAAGCUCUCCGAAGCCUUAAAAAAAGGCGUAGUAGAGGCCGGUUACCGUGGAGAGCUUACAGCCAGAUUAUUACUUCUCAACGCCUGGGAUUGUUGUAUCAAGAAAAAGAUCCUAGAUGAGAAUAACAUGAAUAUUAGCAAAAAUUUUUUUCGAUUCGUGACUCUUGAAGAAUUUUUAAAAUCAUUACUCGCGGACAAU